CACUAUGUUAAACUUCUGUUAUCUGCUGUUUGCUCUGAUGAUCAAAGCAAACAUCUGUUUGAAACAUUUAUGAAUGAGUUAUUUUCUAGAUAUCUGCUGGAGAAACACACAUGAAGUGAAGUUAGGCGGGGGUUUUGUUAUCUGCAGCUGUUUGAUAGAUAGUAACUCAGAGGAUCAGUGCAGUCAGACAUGGGUCAUCCUGGGAACCAGACAUGGACAUGGAUUCUGUGGGUCUUCUUUUGUGCAACAUGUGUUGGUCCAACCUUCGCCGAUCCAUAUUACAUGGUGACCAUUCCUGCUGUCCUUGAAGCUGGAGCUCAGACCAAAUUCUGUGCGAGUCUCAUGGAGCCCAUUGAGACGCUGACCAUGAUCGUCACUUUGAGGUCUCAAGAAAAUAAUACCAUCCUGCUUGACAAGACCUCUGGGGAGGAGUUUCAUGAAUGCAUUCAGUUUCAGGUCCCUUUAGUAAAAAAAGAAGAGGUGCAGACAUUUGAGGUGAAGGUGAGAGGAAACACAUUUUACUCAGAAGAAGUCAGGAAAGUCCUAAUCAAAGCCUACCAACCCAUGACCUUAAUCCAAACAGACAAACCAAUCUACCUCCCAGGACAGACAGUUCAUUUCAGAGUGUUCACAAUGGAUACAAAGUUCAGACCAGUAAAUCAGUUGUACUCGGUCAUUGAACUAGAGAAUCCAAACAAGAACAGAAUCGGACAGUGGCUCAAUGAAACAUCCACCAAAAUACUGCAGCUCUCUUACUCCUUAAACUCUGAAGCCCCUGAAGGAUCGUACAACAUCAUAGUUACAGUCGGUGAACAUAAGAACUAUCACCAUUUCAAAGUGGAGAAAUAUGUCUUGCCCAAAUUUGAUAUAAACAUGAAUGUAAAAGAAGAAAUCUGUAUUGCACAAGAAGAGUUUGAAACCAAAGUAUGUUCAAAGUACACAUUCGGACAACCUGUACUAGGAAAUGUUACAGUGAAGGUGUGCCGACCUCUUGAGAGGUCUAGAAAUCUAGAGGAACCUCAGACAACACCUCCCUGUGCGACAAUGACAAAGCAGGUGGACACAACAGGCUGUAAUACAUUUGAAUUUAAAAUGUCAAGUUUCACCAAAAUAAGACCAAACUUAGCAAAAAAUAGACUUGACAUAAGUGCCACCGUGGAAGAGGAGGGAACAGGUGUUUCAUAUUCUCAGAUGGUGAAAAUACAACUUUCAUAUGUUAUUGGAAGGCUGGCUUUUGUUGAUCUUCCCAAGAUUUAUGUCAAAGGCUCAAAUUUGGAGGGAAAAAUCAAAGCUGUUCACUAUAAUGGGAUGCCCAUUAAUAACAUGACGCUGUACUUGAUUGAGGGUCAUAUUUCGUCUUCACGCUUACUGCAGAACCUCACAACCGACCCUGAUGGCUUCGCCACUUUCACUAUCAGCACAGACACUUUUGCUGGAGCUAUUUUCCUAGGUGUAAGCAGCUCACCAAGAUUGAGGUUCCCUCCGAGUAGAACGGCUCACAUUUCCUCAGAGCGUCAUGUCGUUCAGGAGUUUUCACCUCCCUCUGCUGAUACUAAAACUACCAGCUCAUUGAAGAUAAAAAAGAGCAAAAGAGCACUUCAGUGUGACAAAGAGGUGGAAAUCUCCAUUAAUUACACAUUUGUGCUUGAAUCACAGUCAUCUGUGAAUAUUAUGUACCUGGUCUUAUAUAGAGGAACUAUUGCCAGAGGAGGACAAACACAAGUUCAAGUGGAAGAUAAACCAGUGAAUGAAGGCGUGGUGUCCUUCAAGCUGCACGUCUCUCCAGAAAUGGCACCUGUGAUCCAUGUUGUGGCUUAUGCUGUCCUCUCCAACCAGAACGUGAUUGCUCACAAUGCCGAGUUCUCAACAGAAAAAUGCUUCAGUAAUAAGGUGUCGGUGGAGUUUUCUCCAUCAUCAGCUGUUCCAGGAGAGGAGACAAAACUGCAGCUGACGGCCCAGCCUGACUCCCUGUGUGGCGUCAGUGCCAUCGAUCAGAGCGUCCUCAUCAAGGAGCCUGGAAAGACUCUGGAUGAAGACAAGAUUUUUGCAUCAUUUCCUGUCAGGAAAAUAUUAUACAUACCAUACAAAGUUCAUGAUCCCAGAAAAUGCUUGAAUGUGAGGAUGAAGAGAUAUUUUUCACCUACUGAAAUAGAGGAAGCCCAUACAGUUUUCCAGAGAGUAGGACUGAAAACAGCCACAAAUUUGCUGAUGAGCAUACCCACAUGUCUCAAAUUCAAGGGGAGAGAAUAUAAUUACGUCCCAUUACUGCAAUCUGGAACAUCACCUGGUUUGGGAGGAGUAAUGAGGUCUGGGGUUUCGGGACUAGUGGAAACAGUUCGCACUUUCUUCCCUGAGACCUGGAUAUGGGACAUGGUGGAAACAGGAUCUUCUGGAACCAAGAAAGUGUCCCUCACAGUCCCAGACACCAUCACCACCUGGGAGACGGAGGUUUUCUGUUUGUCCCCUCAAGGUUUUGGCUUGGCUCCUCGUCAGAAGCUCACUGUCUUCCAGCCUUUCUUCCUGGAGCUCACCCUGCCCUACUCCAUCAUCCGGGGGGAGAACUUUGAGCUGAAGGCAACCGUGUUCAAUUACCUGACUAAAUGCAUUAUGGUUAGAGUGUCAGCCGCCCCCUCUUCAGAUUACAGCCUCAUCCCCCUCUCUGGGGACCAAUACAUAUCCUGUCUCUGUGCCAAUGAGCGGAAGACCCUCAGCUGGACCAUGAAUCCCACCACCUUAGGAGUUGUGAAUGUGACUGUGACUGCUGAGGCUGUUCCGUCCCACGUUUCUUGUGGCAAUGAGAUUGUGAACGUUCCUGAAAGAGGACGUGUUGACGUUGUCACACGUUCUCUCAUCGUUAAGGCUGAAGGAAUUGAAGUAUCAAAGACUUACAACUGGCUGGUAUUUCCCAAAGAUAAAGCUUUGACAGAAGAAACAGAGAUACGCCUCCCUGAAAAUGUGAUCGAGGGAUCGGCCAGAGUGACAGUGUCAGUGCUGGGUGACAUUAUGGGCCGCGCUCUGAAGAACCUUGAUGACCUGCUGCGGAUGCCCUAUGGAUGUGGGGAGCAGAACAUGGCUCUUCUGGCCCCAAACAUCUAUAUCCUACAAUAUCUACAAAGUUCACAGCAGCUGACCUCAGCCAUUAAGGAAAAGGCUUCCAACUUCUUAACCAGCGGCUACCAGAGACAGUUGAACUACAAAGACAGCAAAGGUGCUUAUAGCACGUUUGGGAAAGGGCCUGGAAUCACCUGGCUGACCGCUUUUGUCCUAAGAUCUUUUUACAAAGCUCAAUCUUUCGUCUACAUCGAUCCAAUAAAGAUUGACCAAUCAAGGACUUGGCUGGAACAAAAACAACAUAGCAGCGACUGUUUCAAACAGUCGGGACAACUCAUUCACAAAAGUAUGAAGGGUGGGGUGUCCGAUGAAAUCACACUUACUGCUUACAUCACCGCUGCCUUUUUGGAAAUGAAAAUAUCCACGAAUGACUCUGUUGUCAGGAAGAGUCUGUCGUGCCUCAGAGAGUCCACCAAUACCUUCAACAACACCUACACUACAGCUCUGCUGGCAUACGUCUUCACUCUGGCUGGAGACAUGGAGACCAGAAAUCACCUCCUGCAGCACCUCGACUCAGUUGCAAUAAAACAAGGAAGGUCCAUCCACUGGUCUCAGACAGCAGCAGAAACAUCUGCCUGUCUGUCUGUGGAAAUCAGCUCCUAUGUGCUGCUGGCCAAACUCUCUUCCUCCCCCACUGCUGAAGACCUGGGUUACGCCUCGGGCAUUGUUAGGUGGCUGACGACCCAACAGAACCAAUAUGGUGGCUUCUCCUCCACUCAGGACACGGUGGUGGCUCUUCAGGCUCUGUCCCUCUACUCCAGUCUGGUGUUCAGGCCUGAAGGUUCCAGCACAGUGACAGUUCAGACUCCCAGCGGUCAGAUGAUGUUUGAUAUGAACCCAGACAACAAACUGCUCUACCAGGAGAAAAUGCUGCAGAAUGUGACAGGAAAGUACAGCCUGGAGGUAAAGGGGACUGCAUGUGUCUCAGUGCAGAUUUCUCUGCGGUACAACACCCCACCUCCUACUGACGCCUCCACUCUGAGUUUGGAGGUAAAACCACAAACUGACUCCUCUGGCAAAAUGCCUAAAGUCACUCUGAGCCUCCUUUCCCAGUACAAUGGAAAAGAUGCCAGUACUAACAUGGUGAUUCUGGAUAUCGCCUUUCUCUCAGGAUUUAUCCCUGACCCACAGUCUUUGAAGAAUCUUGAAAGAGCUCAACUGGUGGAUCGGGUUGAACACAAGGACGGCCAUGUUGUGGUGUACUUACCGGAGCUUGAAAAAGGGGUACCAGUCAACCACAGCUUGGUUCUCCUGCAGCAGAUCCCUGUGCAGAACCUUAAACCAGCAGUGAUCACCCUCUAUGACUACUACCAGCCCAGUGACCGGGCAGAGAGAGAAUAUAUUGCAGCUAAUCAAGCUUAAAGUGUGACGUCCCAUCAGUCCUGAAGUUGUUUGCUGAUUUUGUUCUAUUAUAUUGAACUAAAAUGUGUUUUCUUAGGGAUACUUUUGCAUGCAGUAUCUCUACUAUCACAGUACUCACAUUAAUUGUUUUACAAAUAAUUACACAAUCUAUUCAUUUAUUACAUUUUGCUUUUAUGUAAACAUUGUAACUAUGCACUGUUGGGAAUCAAAAUUUGCAUCAAUGUUUGGCUUACGUUAAUAUUAUUAAGGGUGAUAGAAACUGUGUCCUGAGUUCUUGCAGCGGUCAGCUAAAGAUUGAGAUUAGGACUCAAAGAGACUUAAUCAAACCUUCCCAAGCCACUGAUAUGCUCAGUACAGACAAAAACAACCUGUUUAGCAAACACUUACACAGGAAAAAUUGAGCUUUUUCACUCUGCAUGAAUUUUUACUCAGUCUUUUUUGAAGCACUGUAAAAUAAUAUGAACUUUUCAUUUCAUUAAUAUGCCUAACUGUUCAUUUAAUUCAGAAUGACUAUUGUAAAAUUAGUUCAUUUAUUAAUAUGCUGGAUUCCCUUCUUGUCAGAUAUUAUGACUUUGUUGACAAUAGUGACUGUUGCUGGUCUGUAAUGUCCAGCAUGUCAGCAUGUUAUGUUUUCUAUAUACCAGGACUUUCCUUGUUCUUCUAUCACCUCCCAGAUAAAAACAAGUUGUUUUUGUCUUCCUCUAUUUCAGCUGAAGGAUAAACAUCUUUUAAACAUAUUUUAAAUAUUUAUAUAUGAAUCUAUAAUAACAAUUGCUGUCUAAAGAAUAUGUAUCAUGCUGCUAAUCUUCUGGUGAAACUUUAUAUUUUAACACUUUUAUAUUAAUUGGCUAAUAAUUAUCAGAUGACUUGUGUUAGCAUAUAAAAUAGAAUAAAAUAAUAAUCCCAUCAACACUCAUAA